AUGUCAGCAUCAAGUGACAAUUGGGAUGUCGCUGUUCAGAGACAACCGUGUAGUGAUACAUGCAGAUUCCCAAAAUGCCCCAAGAACACUGACUAUUGUGUCAAGCUUGGAAUGUAUUGUACGCAACACUGUCCUUGUGGUAAACAAAAGAAGAAAUGUGGAAACAUAAAGCAGCAAAACAAAAUUAGUAAGGAAGUUUGUAGCAGCUGUAACAAGAAGCGAAGGCUUGUCGCCCGUUGUCAAAUUUGCAAGAAGUGCAGUGAUUGCUGUACUUGUGUCACCAAAACUCCUGCGAAAAAAAGAUCCAAUUACGGAGAAACAGUGAGCCGGAUACAACUCGCUGCUCAAGAGAAGACUCCUCUCGCUACACGUUUGGCAACUGGAGAGCUUGUACAAGAUUGGACUGGGUUCGAAGAAGCUCGGCUCUUCGAGGCUGUGGGUCUUGAUCAGUCCACUUAUCGUCAUAUGCCCAGUGCCACAAUUCGUCAAGAAAGCAACGCACUCGAACAGAUAGAGAUGAUGAAGCAUUCGGAUCGUGGGUGGAAUGAACUUGUGCGUGUCAUGGAUCGCAUCUAUGAAGAAUGUGCAAGGAUUCUCUUGCCAAGCGAUGCGGAAUGGCUACAAGACCGGCACUACGUGAAACUAAGCAAGUCGCGAGGCAUGCCGCAGCAUACCAUGGCCUAUCGGAUUGCGAGAGCAAUCAUUGUAGACAAUGCAACCGAGAGCGAGCUUGCCAACGUUUUUUGUGAUCUAGACCCUCUAAGGUUCUGCCGCGUUGCUCGAAAACGUGGAUGCGAAGACACGACUAGAGCCAUCGAAAGCAGCAAAGAUCCAAAAAAGAAACGCCGUUCCGUUGCGCACAUCGACCCGGAAACUCUCACAGGGAUGGUGAAGCACAUUCUUUCGUUUUCUCAAGCUCUUUCUUGGGGCACCAAGGAACUAAGACAAAACGGAAAGACUGAAACGAUCACAUUCCCAAGACUCACAAGAACACACCCAGUGGAAGUGAUGUUUAUGGAUUACGCAAGAAAGGAGGCAGAGCUCAAGGGAAUUGAGUUCAACGAGGAGCGUCAACCACCUCAACGCACAACCUACUACCUCCUUGAUAUCUUGGUGAAUGUUCGAGUGACUGGGCUUUCAACAAUUAUUGAUCAAGUCGUCGCCCCAACUCAGCAGAAGGCAAUGCAGCGAUACGUGUUAGUCCUUCAAAACUUUCUUAAGUACCAAUAUGAUGGGCACCUUGAAGAAGGAUCAGUAAUUUGUUCCCACAGCAUCGACUAUGGCCUAAGAUUGGAACAACAAAGUUAUGAAGGCAAUAACUCAUCAAACUGUGUUCAAAUCCAAGGCAUCGAACAUUGCCCCGCGUGCAAGUUUGUUGAGUACUUCAUGCGUGUUGUACUUCCCUGUAAAGUGAAGGAAAAUCGAAGCUCAGCAAACAGUGCCAGCGUUGAAGAUGCAUUGGACUACAUUGAAGACUCGCUUGAUUGCUUCCAUCGCUACCAAGCUCAUCGUGUACGAGUGAAAAGUCAACAAAAAGCAAUUCAGCAAGUAGAUCUUAAACUCAAAGAGGAGGU